AUGCAGAUGUCGCGCGAGGAACUGACCCGCACUUUUGCCAUUUUCACGGCCGCAAUUCUCGCCCUCGCCUUCACGGUGGGCUGUCUGGCGUGCAUUUGCGCCAAGUAUUGUUGUCGGGGGAAGAGCGACGAGAAGAAGCGCAAACCGCUGGCGCAAACGCAGUCCUCCUCCUACAAUCCGCUGAUCCAGAACAGCAAAUCCGACCCCAUCAGCUUGGACAUCGACUUCAUCGACAGCGCCAAUGAGCCCACGGAGGUGGUGAGCAGCACCACGAAGGUGAACUCGUUGCAUCCGUCACCGGCACGAUAA